CAAUGUGUAUUUACUUGCUCAUGAAUAAGAAGAAGCAGCAGUAGGUGAUUGAGAACGCAUUUUUUUUGCGAUAUUUUGCUAAUAAACGACAAUAAAAGGAAGGAACAAACAGGAUCAUGACCGAUUUAGACAGAUGGAUUGAAAUAGUAAAAGAUUGUCGGUACUUACCGGAAAAUGAUUUAAAGAAGCUUUGUGAUAUUGUGUGUGAAAUACUCUUGGAAGAAUCAAAUAUACAACCUGUCAGUACACCAGUGACAGUAUGUGGAGAUAUUCACGGUCAGUUCUAUGAUUUGGAAGAAUUAUUCUCAAUUGGCGGCGCUGUACCGAACACAAGCUACAUAUUUAUGGGAGAUUUUGUUGAUCGAGGAUAUUAUAGUCUUGAAACACUGACACGUCUGCUAACGCUGAAGGCCCGUUAUCCUGAUCGCAUAACACUACUUCGAGGAAACCAUGAAUCUCGCCAGAUAACAAAAGUAUAUGGUUUCUAUGAUGAAUGUUUCAGCAAGUAUGGCAAUGCAAAUGCUUGGAAAUAUUGUUGCAAAGUGUUCGAUUUACUGGCAAUAGCUGCUAUUAUUGACGAAGAAGUUCUGUGCGUACAUGGUGGCUUGAGUCCUGAGAUUAUUACUUUAGAUCAAAUCCGGACCAUUGAUCGGAAUGGUGAGAUCCCUUAUAAGGGAGCAUUCUGUGAUUUAGUUUGGUCCGAUCCCGAAGAAAUGGAUUACUGGGGUCAGAGUCCACGAGGAGCCGGUUGGCUUUUCGGACAAUUAGUUACCAAAGAUUUUAUGCAAAUUAACAACUUGGAAUUGAUUUGCCGUGCACAUCAACUGGUAAACGAGGGCAUAAAAUAUAUGUUCGAUAGUAAAUUAGUAACCGUUUGGUCUGCACCAAAUUAUUGCUAUCGUUGUGGUAAUGUUGCUGCAAUGCUAAAUUUCCAGACAGCAAAGGAUCGCACAACGAAAAUAUUUGUUGCCGUCCCCGAAACAGAUCGUGUUAUACCACCUCACAACACAACACCAUAUUUCCUAUAAAAUAUCCAAAUGAAAAAAAAAAUAGAACAAAUCACAACAGCUACUAACAGGCAUUUACGUUUGCAUGUAAUGCUCAUGAAUAUUGCCUUUAUAUAACACAUAUACAUAUAUCACAGUUUGAAUAACAAAUUGUAUUUAAAUAAAUAAGUAUUCUAUUUUUUUUUUUUUAAUUUUUUUACACUUCCAACACAACUAUCUACUGUAAGACAUUAAGACUUUUGAGGCGUCUCAGAUGUAAUAUUUCAUAUGUUAUCAGCUUAAAUUUUUAAUUUCUGUUGUUCCUUGCACAAUAUGGGUGAUAAUGAUGAAGAUGAUGGUGGUGUAUUCAAUUGAUAUUGUGUUCUGCUUUGAUUUUGUAGACAAGAAAAAUUAAUGAAAUAAAUAUUUUGUAUAUAAGACGUUUA